CGGCACGCUGCCGCGACCCUCUCGCCAGCCCAGGCCUGCGCUGGGGACCGAUUUUGGUGCAUGCCCUGACUAGCUAACAGGAUCGGGGGACCAUGAAUUGGGGGGUGUUCGAAGGGCUGCUCAGCGGGGUCAACAAGUACUCCACGGCCUUCGGCCGCAUCUGGCUCUCCCUGGUCUUCAUCUUCCGCCUGCUGGUCUACGUGGUGGCGGCCGAGCGGGUCUGGAGCGAUGACCACAAGGACUUCGACUGCAACACGCGGCAGCCGGGCUGCAGGAACGUCUGCUUCGACCACUUCUUUCCCAUCUCCCACAUCCGGCUGUGGGCCCUGCAGCUCAUCCUGGUGACCUGUCCCUCCCUUCUGGUCAUCAUGCACGUGGCCUACCGGGAGGCCAAGGCACAGAGACGCCGCGCCGUGGAGGGGGACAACUGCCGCCGCGUCUACCUCGACCCCGGCAAGAAGCGGGGAGGCCUGUGGUGGACCUACCUGCUCAGCCUUGUCUUCAAGGCCGCCGUGGACGUGAUUUUCCUCUACAUCUUCUACCGCUUCUACAGGAACUACACCCUGCCCCACGUGGUGAAGUGCGAGCUCAUGCCAUGCCCCAAUAUCGUGGACUGCUUCAUCUCCCGGCCCACCGAGAAGAACAUCUUCACCCUCUUCAUGGUGGUCACCGCCUGCAUCUGCAUCAUGCUGAGCCUCAUCGAGGCCACCUACCUGAUAGGCAAGCGGUGCCGCGAGUGCCUCGGCGCUGCUCUUUCCCCCGCCGAGUCGCCUGAAACUGGGGGGCAGGUUUUCCAGGGGGUGGAUUACAAGCCCCCCACGGCCUCCAUCCCUGCCAGCACACCGCAGGACGAAGAGGCUCUUCCCUAG